AUGGCGGAGCAGCAGGGCCGGCAGCCCGAGUGCCCUGUCUGCUGGAACCCCUUCAACAACACAUUCCACACCCCCAAAGUGCUGGAGUGCUGCCACUCCUUCUGCGUGGAAUGCCUGGCCCACCUCAGCCUGGUGACCCCGACGCGGCGCCGCCUGCUGUGCCCGCUCUGUCGCCACCCCACCGUGCUGGCCUCCGGGCAGCCUGUCACCGACUUGCCCACGGACACCGCCCUGCUCACCCUGCUCCGCCUGGAGCCCCACCACGUCAUCCUGGAAGGCCGCCAGCUCUGUCUCAAGGACCAGCCCAAGAGCCGCUACUUCCUGCGCCAGCCCCGGGUCUACACGCUGGACCUGGGCCCUGAGCCCGGGAGUCAGGCCGGGCACCACCAGGCCGUGGGCCGCAGCACCAGGCCCGUCGCCAUCCCCAGCCACUACUCUCUGCGGGAGUGUUUCCGCAACCCGCACUUCCGGAUAUUGGCCUACAUGAUGGCGGUCGUCCUCUGCGGCACCGUGCUGUUCAUCUUCUCCAUCUUUUGCACCAGACGAUUCUUCUGGGGGUUGGGGUGA